UGUAUAUAUAUACCACAUCUUCUUUAUCCAGUCAUCUGUCGAUGGACAUCUUGCAGAGCCUGCAUUCUUAACCCUGUACUGCCACUCCGGUAAUCUAAUGGAAAAGACAGAAGCAUGAGACAAAAAUUGGGAAAUAUAUGCAGAGAAAGAUACAGAAAAAAGAAUACCAAGAAUGGGAGGACGUAGAGGAGAAUCGGACAUGGAAUCCUCAAGGAAAGGCCAAUGAGACAGACUGAACAGAUGUGUAGAGGGAGGAUGUAGAGGAAGAGGAGGUGGGGACGAGUCAGCAGGACUUUGUAGGAACUGAGUAAGUCCACUGGUCAGGGGCAGCUCUGGGGACAAAGGCAGCUUCACUAUGGCCAUGGGAGUCAGGAUAAGCCAUCACCAGUUAACUCAAGUACCUUGUGUGGGACAUGCAGUGAGAUGGCCUGGCCAAGGCCCUCUUAGCCAGGGUUGCAGCUGACCCCAAUCCUCCACUCUGCCAGUUGGGGUCUGACUGUAAGGGCUGUGUGGGAUCUACCAAGUCCACACGGUCUCUGUAUGGUUACCUGGGGAGGAUCUUCAACUCUUGCUUUAUAAAAAGGGGAUUAGGGGAGAAUGGCACAGACCAUACUUUAAUUUCUGAAAUGAACUUUCAGUUUCUUCCCCUAGGAACUGGUGAAAACUCAUAUCGAAGCCUGACCUGGUCAUGCCCACAAUCCUCAUCUUACCACGGUACAACCCCACCUGAAAAUAGACUCUUGGAGAACCUCUGUGAAUCAGAACAGAUAAAUGCAAACAGAACAGAUACAACCAGUGACAAAAAUGAUGCACUAGAAAUCCAACAAGCAAAUGAGGAGUGUGCCCAAGAAUCUGAGCCAGCAGAGUCCUGUGAACAAGCACCCAUCCAAGUGAGUAAUGGAGACACAAGAGAAGUCACACCCAGCCCAUUGCCCUCUGAUGGAGAAAGAGCAGAGCUACCCAACCAUGGAAUCCAAGUCAACUCCUGUUCUGUAUAUCUGGUGGAUAUAAAGAAGGAAAAGCCAUUUUUUAACUCGAGAGUUGAACAGCAAGCCCAAGCGAGGACUAACUGUAACCAGGCAUCUGACAUAAUAGUGAUCAGCAGUGACUCCGAGGAAUCCAGUGAUGAAGACGAGCCCCCAGAAGCCUCCACGUCAGCACUGGAAAGCGGGCCUGUGACCAAUAACCUUGACUCAUUAGAAUCAAGUGAGAGAGGAGAGUCCCAAGAAGCCACCUGCUCAAAACUUCAGAUUACACUAGACUCCAUGGAUUUCAGAAAAUCGCCUACAUCCAGAAAAAGAGUUUGGAAAGUAGUGAAAAGAUUUGAUGACUAUUCAGAGUCCAGUGAGGAAGAGGAGCCCCCGAGAGCCUCGAGCUCAGCACUGAGAAGUGAUCCUGAUGAGGAGGAUCCUGCGGAUAUUGGAGACAAAUCUAUUUGGGGGAUAAGCAAGAGGAAAAGAUACUCCCUGGAUAAGCAAAGGAACUGGAAGAAGCAGUAUGUUCAGACAAGUGGAGAGGGGAUCAGCAGUGGUAACUUUUCAGAAUUAAGUCAUACAGAAGAACCUCAGGAAUCGUCUGGCUCAGUCCUAAGAAGUGGGUCAGGAGCAGAGCCACAAGGACUUGGAAAUGAAAAGUGUUCCUGUGUCAUGUGUUUUUCAGAAGGUAUUUCAAGAGGCCAAGGAGCAAGGACUGAGAGUAGCCAAGCAUCUGACAUGAUGGAUACCAUGGAUAUUGGAAACAAUUCUACUUCAGGAAAACACAAUGAGAAAAUAAUGAGAAGGAAAGGCAGACAUAGAAUCCAAACUCUGAGUAACAGAGCCCUAUGGAACAAAGGCAAACCAAAAGGGAGAAAAACAGUCAUCUCCGGGUCUUUGAGAAGAGGCAGAAAAAGAGGUCCAAGAAUUCCCAGAGAUACACGUAUGAAUUUUUGCCUUCCGGAACUUCCCGUGACCUGUGGAGAGGCAAAGGGGAUUUUAUAUAAGGAGAAAAUGAAACAAGGAACCUCAGAGAAGUGUAUAAAGGGUAAGGAUGGAAGAUGGUUUACCUUCAGGGAAUUCGAAGUUGAAGGAAACUACUCACGGUCCAAGAACUGGAAGAUGAGUGUGAGAUGUGGUGGAUUCCCCCUGAAAGACCUGAUUAAGAAUAAAUACCUACCAGACCCGCCAAGAAGAAGAAGAAGAAAGCAGACAAUACCAGAGCCUAGCAGCAAUGACUUUUUUGACCCUUACCCGGGAAACUCAAAUAUAUGUGAGGUGUGCCGUCGACCUGGAAAGCUGUUCUGCUGUGAUACUUGUCCAAAGUCCUUUCAUGAGACAUGCCACAUCCACCAUAUAGAUGCUAACAGGGACCCAUGGAGUUGCAUCUUCUGCAGGAUAAAGGCUCUUCAACAAAGUUACCCACAAAGCCAACCAUGUCACCAGGUAUCUGAGGUCCUAAAGAGGCGGAUGGUGCCUGAGGAACAGUUGAAAUGUGAAUUUGUCCUCUUGAAUGUCUACUGCUAUUCAAAAAGCCUCUUUUUUGCUUCAAGACCACAUUAUGGUAGCGACGCGUCUCAUGGCCCAAAGAAACCCAUGUGGUUAAACAAAAUCAAGAAAAAGCUGAAUAAGAAACUGUACCUCCGAGUGGAGGGGUUCGUGAGGGACAUGUGCCUCAUCUUUCAGAACCACAGGACUUUUUACAAGGACAACCAGAAAUUCAUCAAGUUUGGACUUCAGGUAGAGGCCAUAUUUAAGAAUAGUUUCAGAAACACUUUUGCAAUUCAGGAAACAAGCGAGAAUAGUUGUCAGUUGGAGCACAUUCUUUCAUGAAGUAGCCCUUCCCCUCACCCCAACAGUCUUCAGCAGCUACAAGAUAAGAGUCUGUGGUUCCUCCCACUGACAAUUCUGCCUGUUGCUGUGCAAACAACUUUUUCAAUGUUUUCGUUGUUGCCAUUUUAGUUCAUUUAUUUUUCUAAAUAAAAUAUAAAAUUAUC